AUGAAUGGAAGAGCAGACAAGCUAGCAAAGUGGGUCGCAACAAAAAACUACGACUCAAUGAAGAACAUUCCCCAUGAAAUCAAGCGACAACCUAGCUUUCAAGAGGAACUGGAAGAGGGAGAAGUGUUGAUGAUAGAUAGAGAAGAAACGUGGAUGACCCCAGUCAUGGCUUACCUAGCCAGCGGAGCACUCCCCGAAGACAAAAAGGAUACAAAGAGAAUAUGUGUUAACAAAGAUGAAGAAGACUCCAUCCUAGAAGAACUCCACGAAGGAGCUUGCGGAGUAUAUGAUGGGGCAUCAAAGCUAGUCAGAAAAGCCUUAUUACAAGGUUACUAUUGGCCCACAAUGAAGGAACAGGCAACAACACUGGUAAAAAGAUGUUGGCCAUGUCAGCAGCACGCCUUGGUACCCAGAAAGCAAGCUUCGGAAAUGAAGCCAAUUGGCAGCGGGUAG